CAUCCUCACCCCCCACACCUCAUCCACUCGACCCAGACCUCAAUCAUAGGGAGAGAAGCUCUGCUAAAACUCCAUUUUUCAUCCACCAUUUUCGCACAAAGCAAGGGGAGGAAGAAGGAAGGGAAUAGAGAAGAGAAAAGUUGGUUUUGGAGAGGAAAAACUUGUGUUUAGCAAGGUAUUCAAGGAACUUUCACGGGGUUGAAAAGGUCGCCGGAGUUGUCGCCGGAGUUCGUUGAAGUUCGCCGGAGUUUCGUCGGAGCUAAAUCGGGAAGGCUAGAACUUCAUAAGCUUCAUUAAGGUUGAGGCUAGAGCCCUACUACCUGCACCUUUGCCUAGGGUGACUGAUCGAGAAGGAAGACGUGAAAUGGAGGGUGGACGCAGGAUAACUAGGAGGAACCCGACAGGGCAUGUGCCGGGGGCCACCGGGCAUGCCACUCGGGCGGAAUCACGGACCUCUAGGGGUAGAGGCCGGGGCCAAAGCCGAGGAGGAGGCCGAGGCAGGGGUCGUGGGCGUUCUACCACGCCGACGACAAGCAGCACACGCGUCGGUUCCGUGCACCCGUCAUGGGCCACCGAACCGGACGACUUCACCUAUGCUCCAAGCACAGAGCAAGAGGAGACCCCGUACAACGGGGAGGACUGUGAGGAAGAAGAUGAGGAUGAUGAUCCACAUUACGACCGUAUGAGUGAGGUACUAGAGUGGUACCUCGAGAAUAAAGCAAAGAGAGAGCAGAGGCGCCAAGCUAGGCAGGCUAGGCAAACCAUGGGGCAGGGAAGCCGAGGUGCUUCUAGUGCUCCAUCCGGAGCAUUUGGAGGAGACACGAUGGUGCGUAUCUCCAAGUACCUCAAGGAGGCCAGGGCCUUGGGGUGCAAAUCAUUUGAUGGCAAGGGCGACAUAUCCGAGGCCGCCGACUGGAUUAAGAAGCUGAAUGAUGCUUCUAGGGAUAUGCAAAUUGGACUCGACGUGAAGUUGAGGGUUGCCACCAGGCUACUGGAAGGGGUAGCUGCUGUAUGGUGGGAAGGCGUGGAAGGAAAGUUCCACGGUGAGGCCACUUGGGAGAAGUUCGAAGUGGAAUUCUAUAAUCAGUACUACUCAACUUUUGAAGUCAAUCUCAAAAGAAGGGAGUACACAAACCUGAAACAGGAGGAUGGUUGCUCGGUGAGGCAAUUGGAACAAAGGUUCCGUGACUUGGCCCGAUUCAUCCCAGAAUACUCUCUGAAUGAAAAUCGAAUGGCCAAUCAUUUUUGGGAUGCUCUACAAUUGGACAUCCGUGACCGGGCUACUUACCAUCACAACAUGACAUUUAGCCAGAUUGUCGAUCAGGGGCUCCUUGGGGAAGCCCAAUGGAACGAGAGGAAGUUGAGGGACGCCGAGGAGGCGAAGAAGAGAAGAUGGGGAAACUCGGGACCCCAAGACCACACCCGGAAGCAUCACGCUGGGGGUGGCAAUUCAUUCAGGGCGCCGGCACCACCGGCGAAAAGGAACAAAGGUUCAGGAGGGCAAGGGCCCAAACCGGGGGGUGUGGGACCACCCAGGUGCGCAAAUUGCGGUAAGAACCACGGGGGAAGGUGCAAUGAACCACCCCGGUGCUUCAAAUGCGGUAGCACGAGCCACCUCAAAUCCUCUUGUCCAAUGCUGAACGGGGGAGGACCAUCGGGAGCCAUGGGAGGACCUACGACUAGUAGGGGACGUGCGGGGCCGUCUCAGGCCGGCACGGGGAGGAGCGGACCCACGGCUAGCAACGCCGCAUCCGUUAACCAAGGGAGGACCCAAGCACGGGUGUAUGCAAUGACCGAGGCUGAUGCUCGGGCCAACCCGGACUCCAUUGCAGGUUGAGGCUAGAGCCCUACUACCUGCACCUUUGCCUAGGGUGACUGAUCGAGAAGGAAGACGUGGUUCGUGCUUCCAUUCUUAUUUCAAAUGUAUAAACCGCUCAUGGAUUUUUGAACAAUAUUUUCAUCAAAACAGUUGGGGGCCUGCGUGCCCAUGUUUGCCACGUGUGGCUAAGUAUCAAACAUUUUAUUAUUUCCGCAUUUGUUUUAUUAUGAUAUUGAUGUUGAUUGUAUGUGUUUACUAAUCGGUUUGGCAAUAGGAUCAAUCGGACGCCUUGUACAACUCAAUAGGGAUGAACUGUUGUUGUUCUUAUCGGGUUGUACGGCGGUUGUCUACGUGGUUCGGAUGCGGUCCGGGGCGUGACAUGAUAACUCCAGGAAGAGGACUAAGGCAAGGAGACCCUUUAUCACCUUAUCUUUUUAUUCUAGUUGCAAAGGGACUGAGUUCGUUGCUAAGGAAAGCCGAAGGUAGGGGGAUAUACAUGGUGUGGCGGUUUGAAGAGGUGCAUCGAAGGUAUCACAUUUAUUUUUUGCAGAUGAUAGUUUUUUAUUUUUCAAAGCAACCCCUGGUGAAUGCGACAUGGUUAAGAAGAUCCUAAACAACUAUGAGGAGUUAUCCAGAAAGAUGGUCAAUUUCUCAAAGUCCUCAAUCAAUUGUAGUCCGAAUACGGCAGAUCAGACCAGAGUUAUUUGUAGAUAAAUUUUGGGAGUUUUUUCAGAUGGGGAUCAGGGGAGGUACUUGGGCUUGCCGUCAAUGGUGGGGCGGAAUAAAGGGGCGAUUUUUGGUUACAUAAAGGACCGUAUAUAUGCUAGAAUUAAUAGUUGGAACAAUCGUUUUCUGUCUAGAGCUAGGCGUGCGGUCCUACUCAAAAAUGUUAUUCAGACGAUGCCCAAUUAUGCAAUGAAUGUAUUUUUAUUGCCAAAGGAUUUAUGUGAGAGUAUAGAGAAGCUGAUGAAUGGUUUUUGGUGGAGGGGAUCAAAGGUGGAUCAGAAAGGGAUGAGGUGGAGAAGUUGGGAAAAUCUUUGCAAACCAACCAAAGUAGGUGGGUUGGGGUUUAGAAGACUCAGAGAGUUCAAUCUGAUUAUGUUAGCAAACCAGGGUUGGAGAUUAAUCAAUGGCAUAAACAGCUAAAUGGGGAGGAUCAUGAAAGCAAGGUAUUUUCCAAACUCGGAUUUCCUUAGUGCUAAAAUGGGUAGUAACCCUUCUUUAGUGUGGAGGAGUAUUUUUGAGACAGGAAAUUUUGAGGAACAAUAUUCGGAGGAGAGUAGGCAAUGGAAUUAACGUCCAAGUAUGGGCGGAUGCAUGGUUGCCAGGUUGUGAUGGUGAGAUUUUUUAUGACCGUUUUUAGUCCUAAUACUUCACUUGCUCAUAAAUCUGCUCAUGUAUUUAAGAUUUUUUUGCAAUUUAAAUACUUCCCCACGGGAAAGUACACUUUCUUACAGAUAAUUAACCGCAAAAUAUGCCACCAAUGUUGAUUUUUUUGCCAUAAAAUGUACUUUCCG